AUGGAUGCGAUCGUUGAAAAGGUUCAAUCACUGGCCAAGAAUGCAGAUGACAAGAGUCGGAAAGAUAUUUUGGAUCGUCUGCGCGACCUCAGCAUAUCCCUCGAGACACCUCAAGAUGCUAUGCAACGGAUAUCAUAUCUACACCUUCAACCGAUCUUGGUCCGAAUUGGCUGUGACCUGAAGCUUUUCAAUAUUCUAACCGACAACAAAGAUCCUUUGACUUUAGACCAGCUCUCCGCGAAGACAAGUGCCGCCCCAUUGCUCCUCGGUAACAAUGACACUAUAGCACCGAUUAUAUUUGAGCUGCCAGAGUUUCUAGCUGAAAUCAAAUAUCAAAAUUUCACCAAUCCAUUACACACACCGCUACAAAAAGCGUGGAAGACAAAUCUUCCCGCUUUUCUGUGGAUUCCUUCACGACCGGAAAACCACGCUCAUUUUAACCGAUUCAUGGAGGCCCAGCAUCGCGACAUGCGCCAAUGGUUAGAUGUUUAUCCAAUUGAAGAGAAGAUUCAAAAUCUCGAACCAGAACAAGUCCUAUUCGUUGAUGUUGGUGGGGGCAUUGGUCAUCAAUCCGUUGCCCUGCGGAAACGGCUGCCCGACAUUAAGAAUAGGAUUAUUGUUCAAGAUAUGGAAGUGGUUAUUGCCCAUGCCAUUGUUCACGAAGGGGUGGAACCUACAGUCUAUGACUUUUACCAACCCCAACCUAUCAAAGGGGCCCGAAUAUAUUACUUCCGAAAUAUUAUGCACGACUAUCCCGAUGAUAAAGCAGUUGCCAUUCUUAAGAACAUAAUCGCAGCUCUGGGACCCGACUCGGUGAUUCUCAUCGAUGACAUGGUUCUCCCGGAUUCUAAAGUACACUGGCAGGCAACACAAAUCGAUAUUACAAUGAUGUCAGCAUUGGCGUCCAGAGAACGCACAGUGGAAGCGUGGUCCGAACUUAUGCAGAAAGCCGGCUUGAAAAUUAAUCGUAUCUAUACGUAUACCGAAAGCUUACAGGACAGUAUUUUGGAAGUCGUACCAGUUUAG